UUCAAACGCCAAUUGCAGUUCAGCGGUGCGGAGCGGUUCUAGUACUUCCUGGGACGAUUUGACAAUCCUUCGUGUUUGUAAACAUUUUCGACUGAGCUGCUUCUACACUGGUGGAUCUUCAGAAGCAUAUUUUGGGAAAAAACUAUACUUAUUGAAAGGUACAGCCAACUGUGGAACUCAAACCAAAAUGCGGAAACGAGAGUUACAAAGCUUCACACUUAAACUCAGUGACCUGAAGGAAUAUGACACCAUCAAGCAGGAAAAACAGGCCCAAAGAGCCAAGGAACGCGGUGAAGAAGGCUCCUCAGCAUCUACGUCGCAGCCGCCGAUAGCGAAAGUCGGACCUAAAUCGAAGCAGGAGAUCCGCGAAAGGAUAGGCUUGACCGACACAUGAAUUGUGAUCAGCGCUUUCGUAGUUAAUAAUUUUGUUUGAGAUACGGAAUUUUAUAAAUUGAUAAAUAAUUAUCGAAUGUCA